CGUUUGUGGGAUGAAAGAGGGAUCAAUAAUUCGGAGAAGAUUGAGAAAGGUAAAGGUCCUUGUUGUUCCGGUGUGCUGCUAGAGAAUCUGGUGAAGGAUGUCAAUUGUUCCAAUCAACCAAGGUCACUCCCAGGACUCUUGGGAUCAAUUCAUCGAUUUUCCUCUCCCUCCUUCCAUCUCCAGCUUCUUCCCCGGCUUCGAAUUCGGAUUCGGCUCAUCGGUGGUUAACACACGUGUGGACUGGAGGGAGACUCCCAGAGCCCACGUGUGGAAGGUCGUGCUUCCUGGCUUCACAAACGAGGACGUGCUGGUUGAGCUACAAGACCAGAGGGUGCUCCAGGUCAGCGUGGAGAGUGGCAACUUCCUGACGAGGUUUAAGAUCCCCGACAACGGUAACCUCGAACAACUCAAAACCAACAUGCGUCACGGGAUUCUCCUUGUCACUGUUCCCAAGUUUCAUCAACCCACUUCUAAUAGGAAUGUCAGGGUCGUUGAGAUUGAAGGCACCGACUGAACCCAGUUAGCAAACUCUGUCUCUUCCAAGUUGUUCACUCUAAACAAAACAAAAGACGCUGUCGUGUCUAUGUAUGUGUCCGAUGGAACUGUGUUCUAGUAUUAUAUUAUGUUAUGUGUGCGAUGGAACUGUGUUCUAGUAUUAUAUAUGUAUCUGUAUGUUUUAGAGUGGAUGAAUUACUCUUGCUAAAUGUGUAGACUUGUACAUACUACUACUUAACAUUGCAAAGCUUAUUAAAUUAACGUAGCCGGGUAGAUUUACGAU